AUGACGAAGAAGGAUGGGCCUACAGGCCGCCUGCAUCCCAUCAGCGAUGCAUGCCAUGGCUCACGGCACGCAUACGGGCGCCCGCUAAAACCGUCUGGUUCCACUUCGCGCAGCCACCCCGGCUACUUUGGCGGCGUGGGUCAAACUCGAGCAGGAGGCGAAGGCGAGGAUGAGCAGGGGCGGGAUGUCGUCGCUCAGCUGUCCGCAAAAUGGACACAUUUCGAAGGCAAAUCGAAGCAAUCCUGCCCAAGCCACGCAUUGUACACGAAGACCGGCGGCUGAUCGUAUUGUGUGGAGUGAGCUGAUUCGCCACUUUGGCCCAACCCUCUACCUCACGCGGCCCCUGAUCUAUCUCAGCGCCUGUCACCGGCCGACAAGACGGGCUUUCAAAAAC